AUGGCCGCUCGAGAUGGAUCAAGGUCUCGAAACCCGGGAGCUGGAAGCUCCAAAUCCGAACCGACCUCUUCCAUAUUCAACGCGCAGUUCCAGCCACGCUUAUCGUCCGAAGCACAUGGGACGUUCUCACAGCUGCGAAAGCUCAUUGAGGGGAGACACAGCACUCAGCUUCGCUUAGGUGAUAGCGUCAAAAAUGUUCACACAUUGAUAUGCCUUUCCCUGAAAGUCGGUCUUGAAAAUGAAGCUAAGAAGGAUAUUAUUGAGACUGACAAAGAACGGCACAUCUUAGACUGUUUGGAUGUUAUACAAAUGGUCAUUGAGACGGCAUGCCAAGCCUUGGUUGAGAAAUUGGAUCCAGAGCUCCUAGAACAAGACAUACAUGUGCCAUUGUAUGCUUGGCUAAUCAUCCAGUUAAUUGACCUGAACAGCAAAUCGCGGCUAAGGAGCGUAGAGGAGAAGAUUCACAGCCUCCUCUCAAGCAUUGUUCGCUGCCAACAUGAAGUGUCUCACUUGUGCUAUUCUCGCUACUACUUUUCUGCAUUUCUAGGUGCUUUGGCUACUGAUAUCCUAGCAUCGCUGGAAACUCUAGAUUUGCCAGAUCUAGGAGAGUCCAACAUCGUGGUACCUGGUCCCGGAGGGUCACUUGUUACAGAUUUAGACAGGUUGGGAUUACCUCGCGACCUCUUCCGGAAUAAGCUUCGUCUUGGGCUAUUCCCUCAAGCAACAUUUUCGCUUCUUCAACUAUUGCAUUCGAUGAUGCCGAAGUUCAUGAACAGCUCCCAGAGUUUCCCGACAUCUGCCAUUCAACAGGAUUUGGCUUGGAUUCUGAACUUAUAUCAACGACUGUGGAGAGUCAUUCUCCGGUGGAUUCGCGCCUUCGGAGCGAGUUUUCACCAGACCAUGGUUGAGAUAGUGGUACAGUUCCUUACAUGUAUUCAGAGAUGUACUGAGAACUCCUCGGCCAUAACCAGGAUGAUAUCACUGGACGCCAAAGCCAGUAGCAUUUGGCUUCAAAGUUUGGCGGACAUCUUUUCUAUUCAAACAUUCUGCCAAGAUUCUGUCAUUCAGCUUACCUUGACUCAGUGUCUCGAAAACGUCUUGGAAUUUGUCCGGCGCUCGCCAGCGCUACCUGGUGGAAAAGAGAAUCAGACUAAUGUCCGGGAUUAUUUAGAUUUCGAGCCAGAAAACCGAGCAAGGAAACGCAUCCGCCUUUCGCGAAGUCAGAUUGAUUCCUGUGGCACCAGUCUUUUCCAAAAGCUUGUGAACAAGGCUUGCAAGCUUAUAGGUAACGAAACGCCAAUGGAUUUACAUGGAUUAAGUGGUUCUGUAUUAACUAUUGGGAAAAUUCCCUGCGCCGCAGUCGGUCUCUUGUCGGAGUCAUAUUCCGACAACGACGAGGAAAUAGAAACCUUUCAUUGUCGCAUCUGCGACGCUGGGCGAGCUGAUUCAGAUCUUGUGCUACCUUGGCAUAGCCCAAAAUUUGACGAAAUACGGCAGACAUUAUGGGAUUUAAUGCCAACUCUUGCACGCACUUCGACCCUCAGAAUAGCAUCAAUGCUUACCAUACGCAGACUUCUAAAUCAUGAGCCGGAGUAUGGCCGCUUGUCGAUCAAGUCUUCGGCCUUCGGCGAAGUGUGUCUUCAUUCCCUGAAAAGCUCAUCUAGAGAACUUCGAUUAGUCUCUGGGAACAUUCUUCCUUGUUUUGUGCGCAGAUGCGUGGAUCUCGAGCUCCGUCGGCGCAACUUUGUUAUAAUUUUUGAGUGCCUGAAGAAUCUUUCUGAAAAGAAGGACGUUCCUUAUCAGGAGACUUGUAUUAUAACUCUUUGCCGAUUAGCUGAGGUUUCGGGAGAUGAAGAAUUAAACAUUAUUCUCCUUCGUCUGCUGGAAUACUUCGGGCACACAAAUCCAUAUGUUUGUGCGGUAGCGUACACAGAACUCGCAAAGCUCGCACAGCUCCUUUCGACGACUCCUGCAAGUCUCCUUCGUCCUUUCUGGAGGUCUUUGUCGAUCACAGUUGUCAAGAACCUACAAACUCGCCCACAUAUGGCAGAACAGCUUUGCGAUCUCUUGGGAAUGGGAGUGGAUGAUCUUCUCAGAUUGACCGAGGUUCAUAUUCUACCGUAUCUGGUGCUAACGCGUAAACGGGAUAUUAUUGCGAGAAUCGGGGCAAGCUACCAGACGGCAAAGUCUCCGUUUGAACUGUGCACGGAGAAAAAUAACUUGGCUUCGAUCCUUGCCUUUUUAUUGAGCCAACCUUCAUCGGAUCCUGAAGGAAUGAUUCUUUCACUUUUCGCAGAUGUAGAUCCGGAAUUCCAAAACCGCUCGCUCGCAGCGUUCCUCAGAACGGAGCCCAUUCUCAUUGCUCGUGAUCUUUUGAAGUAUCUUGGCGAUGCCGGAGAGGACAAAGAGUCGAGGAUUCAUCGGGCUCUUCAUCUAUUAGCGAGUUAUGUGCCAAGGAAAUCGGCCCCAGGUCCUGCGACUUCGAAGCAUCCGAACGUAUUGGGAAAUUUCAUAGAGGAGCACAUACUAGGGAUCAUCACUGAAUUUGCAGAUGCUAUUAAUGACGCACAAGUCCGACUGCCGAUCAUGGAGAAGAAGCGCAACAUUCUAGCAAUUGGAGAAAUGAUUAAAAUUGCAAGAGGUCACAUAAACAGCGCGUUGCCACAGAUUUGUGCUUGCCUUAGAUCUGCCCUUGAUAUUGAGGAACUCUGUGACCAUGCCUUUGGAGCUUGGUGCAUUCUCAUUACUUCCCUUGAUGAAGAGGAAGUUGUACCACUUAUUGAUCAAACUUUCGCAAUCAUUAUUCGAUAUUGGCAGAAUUUCCAAGAUGGAGGUAAGCAGGGGGCAAUCACACUUGUGGACCACAUAUUGCGGAACCAUAGCCGCCUGGUGCGUGAUAUCUUUAAUACCAUGCCAUCGCUUUCAUCAAUCCCUGGGAUGGCACAGUUCGAAAAGCAAAUUGGCGAAUUGAAAGGGCAAAUGGAUGUUCGGAAUCAUUUCAUUGCGUUCAGCCGUCGCUGCCAAAGUGAGAAUGCCGCGGUUGUCGAACAAGCUUUGAAAGAGCUCGUCCCCUUUAUCAGAGAGAAUGAGGAUUUUCUGCAUGAAUCCGCUCUUAAUGAACAGCCUGACAGCGUUGUUGCGCUGCUGACUCGUUCCUUACUUGAUUGCUGCGUCAAAUUCAAAGGCAGCUCGGAUACCAUCACUAUUCUCUCAGCCCAGUGUCUGGGUCUGGUCGGCUGUCCAGACCCAAAUAGGGUUGAAUCAGUCCGAGAGAAAAAGGACAUUCUUGUUCUCUCUAACUUUAGUCGAAAGGAUGAAAUUUUCGACUUCGUUUUGUUCUUCCUCCAGCACGUGCUCGUGGAAGCAUUCCUAUCGGCGUCUAAUACUCGGGCGCAAGGCUUUCUUGCCUAUGCUAUGCAGGCCCUAAUGAAGGCGAGCAAAAUCGACCCAAGCAUCACUAUUCCGUCCCGUAAUAUCGAAUUGAACGAAAGACAUUGUCGCUGGCAGGCUCUCCCUGAGACUGUGCGCAACAUUCUGACUCCAUUUCUCACAUCGAAGUACACAGUAACGGUUGGCGCGAUUAAAACAAAUUGCAGCUACCCAUUAUUCUCUCCCACCAUGAGCCAUGGAGAAUGGCUUCGGAGAUUUGUACUAGAUCUAUUACAGAAGGGGACCAAUGAAAAUGUGCGGGCGAUUUUCGCGAUCUGCAGCAGAAUUAUCCGAGGCCAAGAUAUCUCUAUAUCCUCUUUCCUUCUCCCAUUUGCGGUUCUGAAUGUCGCAGUAGACGGCACAGAAGUUCAGCAGAGGGAGGUACGAGAUGAAAUGACGAGAGUUCUCUCGCAUCCUCUUCCGGACAACAAUACUCGAAUGAGAGAGAACAUCAUAUUUUGCAGCGAGAGUAUCUUCAGCGUACUUGACUAUCUCUCAAGAUGGCUUCAGGGAAAGAAAAAGCAAAACGCUACAGUCACAAACCAUGUGUCAGGCAGUCGAGUUCACAAGGAUACAACACUCGACACGUCAUCUGCCCAAAUUAAAAGUGUCGAACAACUCUUAUCAUCAAUUCCCCCUGAAGUCAUUUCUAGGAGAGCUGUGGAAUGUAAAUCGUUCUCAAGGGCACUUUUCCAUUGGGAGCAGUACAUCCGACAGUGUAAAAGCCGCCUAGAUAAACAGAAUCAUGCUGAGCUUGAGCCACUUUAUCAACGCCUUCAAGAUAUCUACACGCAAAUAGACGAACCUGACGGUAUUGAAGGCAUAUCUGCACAUUUACAUGUGCUGAAUAUCGAUCAGCAGGUUCUCGAGCAUCGCAAAACAGGAAGAUGGGUUGCAGCUCAAAGUUGGUAUGAAUUGCAGCUAGAAACAGACCCAGAAAAUAGUGACGCUCAGUGGAACUUGCUUACCUGCCUCAAAGAAUCUGGACAACAAGGUAGUUAUCCCAACGGAAAACACCUUUCACUGGUAUUCAUGUUAACUUCUACAGAUGCCCUUCUCAACCAGUUCGAAGUAUUCAGACAAACCGAAGCACCCUUGUCUAAACUUCUGCCACUCGCUGUGGAAGCUUCCAUAAUGACAGGAAAAUGGAGUAAACUAAGUGAGUAUCUGCAAAUGUGUUCUCAGGAGAAUACUGGAGAUUUCAACAUUGGCAUCGGAUCUGCUCUCGAUGCUCUUCGUCACAACAACAAGGCCGCGUUUCAAGAAAUCAUCAAUAACCUGCGGCACACUACCGCGAAGUCUCUAACUGCAAAUUCGGUAACCUCUCUGCAGUCAUGCCAUGGUAGCCUUCUUCAACUGCAUGCUUUGGCCGAAGUAGAAGCGAUUGCGAAUGCGGGCCUAGAAGGGUACCCUUCACGAUCUAAAGUCCUCGAUACUUUGGAUCGUCGCUUGGACGUUAUAGGGGUUUAUAUCCCGGAGAAACAAUACCUCCUGGGAUUACGACGAGCCGCUAUGGAGCUUUCGAAUGGAUUUUCCGAAUCUGAUAUAGCUGCAGCAUGGCUUAUGAGUGCACGUCUGUCUCGAAAGAAUGACUGUACUGGUCAGGCAUAUCACUACGUGCUGCACGCAGCGCAGCUGAAAGAUAAAUCAGCCACGAUUGAACACGCUCGACUGCUCUGGAAAGAUGGUCAUCAUAGGAAAGCGAUUCAGACUUUGAAGGGGGCAAUAGCGGCCAACGCUUUUGUUUCCCAUGACUAUGCACCCAUGGAGACUGAUUCUGUUUCCAUUACUUCGAACCGGGAACAACAUCAAAACAUGCUUGCUGCAACGGCCCACCUACUACUGGCCAAAUGGACCGACCGAGCAGGUCAAACUCAGUCGGAUGUCAUUGUCCAGAGAUACCGUGAAGCUAUCAAACUCCACACUAGGUGGGAAAAGGCACAUUACUACCUUGGUAAACAUUACAACAAAAUCCUGGAGUCCGAGAAGGCGAAGCCUCUGGGUAAAGAAGCUCAAAUUUAUCUGAGCGGGGAAGCUUCGAAACUCGUAAUAGAUAACUACCUCCGUUCGCUUGCCCACGGAAACAAAUAUGUGUUCCAGACAUUACCCAAGGUUCUGACCCUAUGGUUGGAGCAUGCAUCCGUUGUUGACCAGCCAUUUGAUCCAAAACGUGGAGACAAUGUAGAAUUUCAGAAACAUAGCAUGGCUCAACGGAAAAAGAGCUUGGACGAUAUGCAUUCCCAGCUGAAAAAAUAUUUGAACCGAAUGCCUGCUGCACUGUUGUUUACUAUCCUUAAUCAAGUUGUUGCUCGAAUUUGCCAUGCGAAUCACACAGUCUACGAUCUUUUAACAAGAAUUGUGGUGAAGACGGUCAGCGCUUUCCCACAACAAGGCCUAUGGACUGUCUUGGCUCUGGUUAAAUCUUCGUCCAAAGAGCGUGCUUCCAGAGGCAUCACAUGUCUUCAAAAAAUAACCGAAGCAACGAAAAAGUCAAAAACGGAGGCGUCGGCAGCUGAUAUGAGGUCGAUGAUUAACCAAGGACAGAAAUUUUCCGAGGAACUACUUAGGUUGUGUGUUGCUCGUGUCGAAGAAAAAGUAUCAAAAAUAAGUCUGGCGCGGCACCUUGGCUUUAACCACAAAGUGGCUCCUUGUCGGAUGGUGAUACCUUUCCAGACAAUGUUAACUCCGAGUCUACCGGCCACUCAUGACUCAGAUUAUCUGAAGAGCUUCAGAGCCUUCCCGCGUGACGCUGUCACUAUUGAAAGUGAGUUGCAGAAAGGGGGAAAGAAAAGAAACGUUCAGCGAAGGGUUGAGCUGACUUUAUCAGCUGUCCUCGAUGAUGCGCAGGUCCUUAGUUCUCUGCAAAAGCCCCGGAAGAUCAGCAUCAGAGGCUCCGAUGGGAAAGUCUAUAAUCUCCUUUGCAAACCCAAGGACGAUCUUCGCAAAGACCAGAGACUUAUGGAAUUCAAUAACAUGAUCAAUAGAUUCCUGAAAAAAGAUGUAGAAUCGACAAAGCGGCGCCUGUACAUCAAAACCUAUGCCGUUACGCCCCUGAACGAAGAAUGCGGGCUGAUUGAAUGGGUGGACAAUUUACGAACUCUGCGAGAGAUAGUCAUCAGACUUCUCCGAGAAAGAGGCAUCGUCCCGAAUUAUAAUGAAAUCAAGCAUUACCUGAACGAAGCUUGCUCUGAUAUCUCAAAGCUCCCAUUGUUCACAACGAAAGUCUUGGCAAGGCUUGGGGACAGGCACGGCGAGAACAUACUCUUCGAGGAAGGUUCCGGAGGUAUCUUGCAUGUAGACUUCAAUUGCCUUUUUGACAAGGGAUUGACGUUUGAUAAACCGGAAUUGGUGCCAUUCCGGCUUACUCACAACAUGAUCGAUGCUUUUGGUGCUUAUGGUUAUAAUGAACUAGGGCCAUUUCGGCGAACUUGCGAAAUCACACUCAGCCUACUAAGGCAAAACGAAGAUGCUCUUAUGACUAUACUGGAAACCUUCCUUUAUGAUCCUACAACGGACUUCAUUGGUAAGAAGCCGGGGAAUAUCAAGCGGAGGACGCAUGUAAACGUGCCUGAGACACCCGAGGGUGUUCUAGAAUGCGUGAGGAACAAACUCAGAGGGUUGCUACCUGGCGAAUCUGUUCCAUUAUCCGUGGACGGUCAUGUGGAUGAACUAAUUAUGCAAGCUACCGACAAGAAGAAUUUGGCAGCUAUGUACAUUGGGUGGUGUGCAUUUUUCUAG